CACAGAGCGGAGCUGCACUUUUCAGCUCAUUUUCCUCCUGUCAUUCCUCCUCCUAUCUUUGAUCAUUGUCCCGCCGCGCGCCCCCCCGAAACCGUCACUCAGCACGCCUUUUUUUUUUUUUUUCCUCUUCUCGGCAGCUCUUUUUUACUUCCCAACUUAUCUGAGGAGCUAAACUCUGGUGGAUUCUUUCAUUCGGGGGUGUCUCGGCAGGCUGGGUUUUCUACUUUGAACUUCGGCUCCGCUCUUCCCCGCCUGCUGUAGGUGACCAUGGCCGUGCCGGCUGCGCUGAUCCCCCCGACUCCCCUGGUCCCGCCGCCUCCGAUCUCCACUCCCUCCGCCACCACGUCCCCGCCGUCGACAACUUCAUCCCCGUCCCCGUCCCUGGCCCCCCCGUCCGGGCCGGGCCAGAACCUGUUCAGGUCGGAGCUGCUCGCCACCGGCAGCCCGGGCAUCCCGACCCCGAGCGCGGCGCUGCCCCCCAGCAAGCCCGUGUACUCGACCCCGUCGCCCGUCGAGAACAUACCGCAGAACAACGAGUGCAAGAUGGUCGAGCUGCGCGGCGCCAAGGUGGCCUCGUUCACCGUGGACGGCUGCGAGCUCAUCUGCCUGCCGCAAGCCUUCGACCUGUUCCUGAAGCACCUGGUCGGCGGGCUGCACACGGUCUACACCAAGCUGAAGCGGCUGGAGAUCACGCCGGUGGUGUGCAAUGUGGAGCAGGUCCGCAUCCUCAGAGGGCUCGGCGCCAUCCAGCCGGGCGUCAACCGCUGCAAACUCAUCUCCAGGAAAGAUUUCGAGACUCUGUACAACGACUGUACCAAUGCGAGCUCCAGACCCGGACGGCCUCCGAAGAGAACCCAGAGUGUGACUUCUCCGGAGAACCCCCACAUCAUGCCCCACUCAGUGCCCGGCCUCAUGUCCCCCGGCAUGAUCCCGCCCACAGGCCUGACAGCGGCGGCGGCGGCAGCUGCCAACGCCGCCAUCGCAGAGGCCAUGAAGGUCAAGAAGAUCAAGCUGGAGGCGAUGAGCAGCUACCACAGCAACGCCAACCACCACGGGGCCGACGGCGAGAACGGAGACCUGAGCUCCAGCGUCGGCCUGGAACUCCCCUUCAUGAUGAUGCCACACCCCCUGAUCCCCGUCAGCCUGCCGCCAGCCUCUGUCACCAUGGCGAUGAGCCAGAUGAACCACCUCAGCACCAUCGCCAACAUGGCCGCCGCAGCACAGGGCCAGAGCCUGCCCUCCAGAAUGGUCACCUCUGUUAUAAAGGGGUUGCAGGAACGGGUUCCGGACAGUCCCUCCCCCGCCCCGUCCCUAGAAGACCACCGGAGGCCGGGCAGCCACCCGUCGUCCCACCGCAGCAGCAGCGUGUCCAGCUCGCCGGCGCACACAGAGAGCUCCUCAGACCGGAUACCGGCCCAUCACAACGGCCUGGCCAUGAACCAGGCCCUGCUCGGCCUGUCGCCCAACCUGGCGCCGGGGCCCAAGGAGGGCGACCUGGCCCACGACAUGAGCCACGAAGUCAAGAGGAUGCACGCCGACAAAGAGGACAACUCCAUGUGUACCCCGACGGCGAGAGACAGCUACGAGCGGUUGUCCCUGGCGGGACAGACUCUGCCUCCUGGUUUCCCCUCACCUUUCCUCUUCCCAGACGGCCUGUCGUCGAUAGAGACUCUCCUCACCAACAUACAGGGCCUGCUGAAGGUGGCGAUCGACAACGCGCGGGCCCAGGAGAAGCAGGUGCAGCUGGAGAAGACGGAGCUGAAGAUGGAGCUGUUCAGAGAGCGCGAGCUCCGGGAGACCCUGGAGAAACAGCUCGCCAUGGAGCAGAAGAACAGAGCGAUCAUUCAGAAGCGUCUGAAGAAGGAGAAGAAAGCCAAGAGGAAACUCCAGGAAGCUCUGGAGUACGAGUCCAAGAGGAGAGAGCAGGCGGAGCAGACUCUGAAGCAGCCGUCGCCCUCCGACAGCAUGCGCUCGCUCAACGACUCUCUGACCCCUGAGAUGGAGAGUGACCGCAGCAGUGGAAGAACAGAUGCUGAAAGGACAAUACAAGAUGGAAGACUGUUCCUGAAAACCACAGUGAUGUACUGAUAGAGCCGCCGGGAGCCGCAGGAAGACAACGUUUCUCCAUGAAAGGGAAGAAAAAACAAAAACAAAAGAUGUUGGAGGGAAAAAAACAAAACAACUAAACUAAAAAGAAAAAGAAAAACCCGUGAAGAUUCUGAGGAGCUGUGGAGAGAGGUCAGAGGUCACGCUGCUGGUAGGAGAUGCUGUGUUCACCCGAUGCUGGAGGAGGAGUCUGAAUGUAGAAUAAGCCGUCGUCUUCAUCAUGGUGGCCAACAGUCUGACAGAGCAGGUCCUGACUCGUACCGCAGUUGGCCAACAUGAAGGAUCAACGUAUAUAUAUAGAAACUAUAUAUACUGAGCACAGUCCAGAUGUACCCGUGGUGCAUUGUGGGUAAUAACUAAUAAAUUCACAGCACUGAAGAUUUUUAUACUGUAUCUCAGCCAGCGAGAAAAGCUUCUAAAAGAAAUUCGACUGAAGAUCUGUUUUUUUUUUCUGUUUUGUAUUUCAAAUUGAAUUUUUGAGAAGCUAAAAAGCGGAGAUGAACCACCGUGGAUGAUUUUAAAAAAAAAAAACAAAACGAAAAAAAAUGAGAGAGAGAGAAAAAUGUGAAUUCAUCCACGCGUUCGUCAGAAGAGAAGACUGAUGUUUGAUUCUCGUGUUUUCUAAAUUAGAUGACAAUACAAUCAAGUUUCCUUUUUACCAUUGUUGUAUAUAGAAGAUCUGAUGAUCCUGAUAGGAGAAACUCAGCGUAUCGACCCCGAGCGGAUUGAUAAGGUAUGUGUAUAUAACGUUCAGAGGUAUUGUGUAUGCAGUAGAGCUCUUAGGCCAACAAUACCGCCACUUAUAUAAACCUACCGUUUGGUUUCGUUCUAUCUCUGAGCCAUCAUCCUUUCCUAUAGCUGCCAUUUUGGUGAGAAAGCAUGCAGGCAUGUAAAUGUUUGUCCUGGAAUUAUGAUAUUUAAUAAAUCCUAUAUUGUGCUGAACAGAUACAAGGGUUUUACUCGCUCCAGCCCAGAUGAGUUUGAAAACAUAAUUAACAGACGUUUCACUUUCGAAGAUGAAGACUUUUGCUGUCGAUAGUACUGUAAUCUUUGUAACAGAGGUAAUAUUUCUUGGAAUUUACUGUACAUUUUUUUGGUCAUGAGACACAGAAAUCAGCACCUCUCAAUGCUUUUUUUAAAAAAAACAACAACAACAACAAAUAAAUCGGUCCGAACACGAUCGGCUUGAGAAACAAUCAAUCAUGACGCAACUCUUUCCAGAACUAAAGAUCCCAUUCAGAUCCCUCUAAGACCCGAUGCAGACACACGUUUCAGUUUCUCGUGUUUCAUAAUAUCUUGAUGAGGAAAAAACAAAAAAACGACGAAAAAAAAAAAGGAUCAUAAGUUAUGAUUUUUCUGUUACUUUUCCUAAAAGACUUUUUUGCAUUUUUGGUGCUGAACCACAUGUGUAUAUUCUGUAGACGGGGGCCGAUGUCAGGCAGUCCGGCGGGCGGGCGGGAGGCGCGUCCCGCCUUCACACUGUGUUUGUUCCUUUCCUUCUCAAUGGAGUAUCUUCGGUCUGUUGUCACUGAUAACUUAUAUAGCUUCUGGAGUCAUCUCUUCAUUGUACUUUAAAAAUUCAAAUAAAGUUAACAUGUUGAUGAUAAACUACAUGAGUUAACUGUGUCGCCCUGCGCACGACACCAGUGUAACAUUACUACACACACACACACACACACACACACACACACACACACACACGGGUCGGUUUCUACAUCAUUGUUGUGUUUUUGGUGUACUGGUUUUUUGAGACAUUUACAAUCAGCCCUCAGUCUUUUAACCUUUUUCUAUGUAUUCUGUACGGCCGAAAAAAAAGGAAGGAAGAAG